AAAUAAAAGGAGAGAAAUAUUAAAAGCAAAUCCAGAGGAAAACUUGUGCUCAAAGCUUAGAAUUUCAAUUUCUUCACAAAUAUAGCAUGGUCUGCUACUUCAAAAUUUAAGAUUUGAAUGUCAGUCAGAUUAGUGGCUUCUGAACAAUCUUGUUUAUCUUUUAUGCUCAGAUACUUGUACAUAUCAUAGCUCUAAUCUUAUCUCUCUUUGUUGUUUACCCUUAUUAUCAUAUACAAAAUCAUGUUUAUGUUUCAUGGAGAACACAAUGAGGGAUGUAUUUAGAGGGGGGCAGUGAGGAUACUCACCGAUCUUCUCAGUAGGUUGAUGUUAAUGGUGAAGAGCUUUUCUUGGUUGAUAAGAACAUCAUAUCAUCUUAUUCCGGAAGAAUCAGAAAGCUACUUGGCAAAACGAGGUGUGGGACACGAAACCUUAAGGUGAUAUUUCAUGAUUUUCCAGGAGGCAGCGACGGUUUUGAGCUUAUAUCAAGGUUCUGCUAUAGUAAUGGAAAGAUUGAUAUAAAUUAUUCUAAUGUUUCUCUUUUACAUUGUCUGGCUAUUUUCAUGGAAAUGAAUGAAUCAUCUUCAAAAGUCCAUAAUUUGUUCGAACAAAUCGAGAAAUCACUUGAAGAGAUCAAGUAUUGGACAUGGUCUGAUCUCUUAGUUGUCUUAAACCACUGUCAAAACCUAUUGCCUACUGUAAAUUCCUCAGGACUUCUGCAUAAAUGUGUGGACUCCAUUGUUAAAAGGCUUGCCCUUGCCAGUGAAGCAAGCCCUUGCCAAUCUACAUCUUCCCCUGAUAGUUCUGGACUGCGAUUAUCCACCGACACUAGAAGCACUGAUAGCUUUAAGAACAUCUUUCGAGCGACAUGGUGGUUCGAGGAUCUUGUAUCAUUAAAACCUUAUUUGGUUAAAAUGCUUACCAAAUCAAUGGUUUUCCAAAAAUUUGAUCAUGGGGUUAUUGCAAGGUUCCUUCUCUAUUAUCAAAAAUCUAGAUUUGUUACUGCAACACAAGAUGAGAAGCGCGAAAUUAUGGAGACGGUUAUUGAGAUGCUCGACUCUUUAGAUCAGAGAACUGUUGCGUGUAAGAGUUUAUUUGGGAUUCUUCGAGUUGCUCUUAACUUAAACAUUAAGAAAUGCUGCAGGAAUAAGCUGGAGAAAAUGAUUGGUUUGCAAUUGGAUCAAGCAACACUAGACAAUCUGCUGAUUCCAUCUCCACUAGGGAUGGAUCAUAUGUAUGAUGUUAAUCUUGUAUUGAGGUUUAUAAGAUCAUUUCUAGGCACAGGAUUUUGUCGUGUCCCGCUAAUUCGAAUGCAAAAGGUAGCUAACCUGAUGGACUUGUAUAUUGCAGAAGUAUCUCCAGAUCCUUGUCUUAAACUAUCAAAAUUUUGCAGCCUAGUCAGGGCUAUACCAGAUUCAGCAAGGGAGUCUUAUGAUGGAAUCUACCAUGCCAUGGACAUGUUUCUGGAGGCACAUACAGGUUUAUCUGAGGAAGACAAGAGAAGAUUAUGUUAUGCGCUGAAUUAUGAGAAGUUAUCAUCAGAAACUUGUAGGCACCUUGCUCACAACUCCAAAUUUCCAUCAAGAUCUGCUAUCGAAGCCGUCGUCUCUCAGCAGAACAAGCUUAAAAGCUUGCUUGAAGAUACAAAUCAAUCAAAACCCUUCUUUGAUUCACCAUGUAGUUCAGUGGAUACUGAAAUCAAGGAUAAAAGAGAAGAAUCCUGUGAACAAAUCGUACUUUAUGCAGGAAGGCUUGAUUUUACGAAUGAGAAUGAGAAACUGAGAGCAAAUCUGCAGGGUAUGCAAUGCAGGGUUGUGGAAUUGGAAAAAAUAUGCAAGAAAAUGCAAAACCAAAUGUCUAAGAUGUUGAAAUCAAAAUUAUCACGGCAGAAUAAUGCAAGAUCCUUGCCAAGGCUGUGUUGAUAAAGAUCCGAGACAAUGUGCAUAUAUAGCUCCAUUGUUCCCCUGCAUAUUGAUGUACAUAGCAGGAACCUUUGGUGUUUUUGUUAUUAUUGCACUAAUCUUUUAUUUUCUUUGUGUUGCCUUUUUCUUGGUGAUCAGUAGAUCUCACUUCUGAGUAAUUUGUUUGAUAGUAAUGCGCUUUUGAUAGUAUGUACAACGGUGACCAAAACGCUGAGCAAUUACUCCAUAUGUAACUCAUAGUAAAAUGGUUCUGGCCUCUUAUCUUGUGAA